UCCUUUCCUUCCCCAUCACCCAUCAGAUGUUCCAUGGAUGUCCUCCACUCGUCAUCAUAUUUUCUGAGGUGGCUUCGACGGUCCAAUUCCGUCCGUUUGACCACACCAGUUGGACCUGGUUUGCCGCCUGAUGCAAGCACCAUACCACCAUCGGUGUCACUAUGAACGGUCCGUGUUGCAGCGGAGGCUGUUUGAUAGGCUGGCAGCAACGCCCAAUUGUCCGUCGCGCCGAAGCGCUGGAUCUCACCGCACGAAGAUGCUCGUCGUGGUUUUUCUUGCGACUGACAUACUGAUCAUGGAGUCGGCAGUGAUCUUGACGUUGUUGGCCAUGUACUUCAGGCCAGACAGACGCAGAUGGAGGGUAGAUUCAUGCGCAGAUGUUCUUGACAUUCAUCGAGGGACAGAGAGAUCGGACUCCGGAGGCUGUGCGACCCAGUCAGUAGCGCAGCUGAGAGCCAAGCCGCGGUGGCCCACUCCAACUCUUGACCGUUUCACAUAGUCACUGUUUCUUUGUGUGUUUAUUGGUAACGAACCUACGAGGUUUGCACUGCUGAUACCCGCUAAGCACGCACGUGCGGUACAUACGAAUCUGGUCGGUCGGCGAGCCCUUCUCCU